CCCCCGCGGUGGCCCGGGGGUUGGGGCCGAGGGUCGUAGGCCACCAGAGUACUGCGACAGUCCCCGCCUCCAAAUUUGGGUUUCGGGGUGGCAUUCCUGCGUUCCUGGGAAGCCAGGGUCCCUAGUGGUCCCAGAUGGGGGUACCAACCCCGAUUGGGGGCCUCUGACAAGGUGGCCUCGGCCAUAAGCCCUUUUCCCGCAUCCCCUCCUUGAUUCUCGGGGUUCAUCUCCCCAGCCUUUGACUCUGGGAGCCUUCUCGAGUCGCUCCCCCCACCAUCCCCGCCACCAUCUACCCGCACCAGCUCGCACUAAACACCAUCUUAUGUAUGUCCUGUAAGACUCCCCCUAAGCCUAGGCCCCUCGGGGCACAGGCCAGCUGUCGGUGCACAACGUUCCUGCAAAACCGCUUCCAGGGAAAGGGACCUUCCGGAAAUUUCUUUGGACGCCGCUGAAAUUGAGAAACCUAGUGCCCCUGGGCUUUUUCGGUUUUCCUGGCAGGUGGAUUUGGAGGCAACAUGUCCGCUUCAAUGAAAGAAUGCCUGCAGCUUCAGCUGCUAGAGAUGGAAAUGCUGUUCUCUAUGUUUCCUAACCAAGGAGAAGUAAAACUCGAAGAUGUAAAUGUCCUGACGAAUAUAAAGAGAUAUUUGGAAGGAAAAAGGGAGGCGCUGCCACCCAAAAUCGAAUUUGUGAUUACACUCCAGAUUGAGGAGCCCAAGGUGAAAAUUGAUUUGCAAGUAACCAUGCCUCACAGCUACCCCUAUGUAGCAUUGCAGCUGUUUGGACGGUCUCCUGAGCUUGACAGACAACAGCAACUACUUCUCAACAAAGGUCUCACUUCUUACAUAGGGACUUUUGAUCCAGGCGAGCUCUGUGUAUGUGCAGCAAUCCAGUGGUUACAGGACAACAGUGCCUCCUAUUUUCUGAACAGAAAGCUCGUUUAUGAACCGUCUACACAAGCAAAGCCAGUCAAGAACACAUUCCUCCGGAUGUGGAUCUACAGCCACCACAUAUAUCAGCAGGACCUAAGAAAAAAGAUUUUGGAUGUUGGGAAAAGGUUAGAUGUGACUGGGUUUUGCAUGACAGGAAAGCCGGGUAUAAUCUGUGUGGAGGGCUUCAAGGAGCACUGUGAGGAAUUCUGGCGCACAAUUAGGUAUCCCAACUGGAAACACAUUUCUUGUAAGCAUGCUGAAAGUGUGGAAACAGAAGGAAAUGGAGAGGAUCUGCGCCUUUUCCAUUCUUUUGAAGAAUUACUCCUGGAGGCCCAUGGUGACUAUGGAUUAAGGAAUGACUAUCACAUGAAUCUGGGCCAAUUCUUAGAAUUUCUGAAAAAACACAAAAGUGAGCAUGUUUUCCAGAUAUUAUUUGGUAUUGAAAGUAAAAGUUCAGACUCCUAGGAAGCCAUUAAGUGGCCUGUGUGUGUAAUUUCAUCACUUUAAGUCAGUAUUUUCUGUUAAUAAGACCAAAAUAAAAGGGCCAGUGGCUGUUUAGUAUCAUCUGUGAGACACCUAGCUCCAGACUUUUUAUCUGAUAAUGAGACACAAAGGCCUUUUACCUUUUCACAGUGCAAUUGUGAUGUUAUCUCUAUGUUCUUAUGUUAACUGAAAACUAUUUAACUACAAGUUAAUAAAAACACUUUAACCAAUGAA